GUGACAAAAAAUUUCCUAUUUGAUAGUGCUGAAAACAUUUUUUGUUUGAAACGGUCAGUUUCUGCAAAAAAGAACAAGCACGUCUUUUGCAUCUUUGCAAAGAUGUUUAGAACGCAAAAAACUUGACAAGCUCCUAGUGAUUCGAUUUGUAACAAAAAAAGGCACGUGUUCGUUCGUUGAAGGUUGCGAAUUGGACGGGAGAAAAUAUUUAUGAGGAAGAGCUACACAGAUGUAUAUCGCCAUUUUUCCUAGCCUACCAAGAACAGAAACUCCUAAUCUGAUACAAGGGUGCAUUUAAAAUCAGAAUAUAUGUCGAAAACGAUAUUUGGGGUUACCAAUAUGAAGCUGGCUACGGUUCUGGCAGUUUUAUGGAUAAGUGAAGCUUCUCUUAAAGAGCUUCGUUUGCGUAAAGGCAAACUAGACACUGUUCCAACUAACAUAUGUAAUCUAGAGCCAACACACAAUGACAAUAUCCGGUGUUUUUGUACAAAAGACAUCUACCAUCAGAUCUCUUCUGCUGAAUGCUGGAUAUUCGGAAAAGUCACUAGAGACAGUUUUAUGUGGAAGUUACUGGUGGAAAGUCAACCUUAUCUUGCGGAGUUUAAUGUUAUUUCCAGUAAAAAUGGCGAUUUGAGCAGUAUACCUUUCGAUUUCUCCUCUAAAAUGCUGUUUUUGAGAAAUCUAACCAUAAAUUUUGGUUCAAUAGAUACAAUUGAGAGAUUUGCAUUUGGAAAUUCAACAUCAUUACAAAAACUUAUUCUAUCAAAAAAUCAGAUCAACUACCUAGAGCAAUUCUCUAUAUCUAAUCUGUUGUCGCUAGAAGAAUUGGAUUUAAGUGAAAACAGAAUAAAUUUCAUACAUUCUGCUGUUUUUUUGAACUUACCGCAACUGAAGUACGUACGUUUGAACAAGAACAAUAUGAGUAAAAUAGAGGAUAAGGCGUUCGCCGGUUUGAGUAGUGUCUUGGAAUUGGAUUUAUCAGAAAAUUUUUUGUGCGAUAUAAACAAUUUGACUUUUUUCGGUUUAUCAAAGUUAAAAGUGAUAGAUUUGAGUACGAAUAAAAUCAUUGGCCUAACUUCGUCGGUUUUCCUGGAGCUAUGGGAUAUUGAGGAGCUUUAUUUGGACCACAACUACAUAGAAUUCAUCUCUAACAGAGCUUUUGAUGGAUUAAGAUUCUUAAAAAUUCUUAGUAUGGGACAUAAUAGACUCUCGAGAUUUCCAGCAGGUUUAUUUACAAGUGUGUUCACGCUUGUACAUCUCGAUCUCAGCUACAAUCGCCUAGAAACUCUCGUUUUUGAUUCGAUAGAACAGUUCUACAACAAUUUACUUCUCAAUGGAACAGUACAACUGCAAGGUAACAGAUUCAGUUGUGACUGCAGAUUGGACUGGAUUUACGUACUUUAUCAAAAAUCUACUCAAUCGCAUAUACGUAAAGCAUUGGAUGAUCUGGAAUGUUCAUUUUAUUCUGAUAGAGUUUCUUCUAAGGAUAGAGUUGAAAAUUUGGUGUGUCCCCCGGAUUUAGACAACAACAAAUACGCUGAAGACAUAAGUGUACAAAUGAACGAAAUUGGUAGUCAAAAAAUGAAUUUAUUGAGCAUUCCCGUGAAGCAGCUACCUUGUCCCGCAGAAUAUAGACCCACACCCAUUACAGUCAAACAAGGUUCACCGCAAGGAAGCGACAUGUCUACAAAUAUUGGUGCACAAUUCACAUUAAAUGUUCUUUUUAUUAUCGUUUUUAUCUUAUUUGUGUAAAAAGCGUUAACCUUUUUCAAUAAGGUUAGUCCAAAAUGCAAAGACUGAAUUCUAACGAUAUUAUUUACAGUUCAAUGGAAUGCUAUUAUUCUUUAACAGGUGUUUGAUAUGUACACAAUAUGAAAUUAUCUUGUAUUCAGAAAGGCACUGUCAUGUUAGUGAGUAAUUAUGUAUGUGAUAUUAUUCAGCAUUCAGUUUAUUCGGAAAUGCCGAAAGAAUGAGGAAAAUGGGAGAAUUCGUACAACGAUCGCAUCUUUCGUAGAAGGAAUGUGAAUUAAAUUUCGAAAUGAACUUUUUGUCAAAGAAAACGCUAUUCCAGCAGUUAUAUGCAUCAAAGAUUCAUUUCAACACAAUACUUGUUCACUUUAAACAAAUCAAAUGAGACAUUUCACAACUACUUGUUAUGUAUGAUAUUAAAAAGUACCUUUGCCUUUAUCAACUUCAAAACUGUUAUAUAUAAACACGUAAAAUUUAUGAAAAAAUUGUCAGAAGUUGUGGAGUUGUAUACUAAUAACCAAAAAUGGAUAAGGCAAUAAUGGGAAAUGAUGUUUAUGAUAGAGUGAAUCAAUUUUUGAGCUUUUAUUACUCCCACCAAUAAUCAGGAAUCAUACAGAGCCAACUCUUAACAAAACCACAAAAAUUCUGGGUUUUCCUUCGUUUGCAGUAUUUGCAGUAGCCUCUCUUGUUUGGAAAGGGAUCAUGUUGGUGUCAAAAACUAAAAAAAAAAA